AUGGGAAACAAUGGCUCAGCUGUGGAGGAUAUCAAAUCUUGUGAGAGUCACCAAUGGUACAGGAAAUUUAUGACUGAGUGCCCGUCUGGACUUCUUUCUUUUUAUGAGUUCAAGAAGUUUUUUGGCCUGAAGAACCUGUCGGAGACAUCAAAUGCUUACGUGAAGUUAAUGUUUUCAACCUUCGAUCUGAAUAAUGAUGGCUUCAUUGAUUUCAUGGAGUACGUGGCUGCUCUCAGCCUGGUUCUGAAGGGAGAGGUGCAUCAGAAACUUCGCUGGUAUUUCAAACUCUAUGAUCUAGAUGGCAGUGGCUGCAUUGACCGUGAUGAGCUACUUCUCAUCAUUAAGUCUAUUCAUGCAAUCAAUGGAGUUUGUGAUGACACCAAAGCAGAAGAGUUUGCAAACUCAGUGUUUGACAAGAUUGACAUCAAUGGCGAUGGUGAACUGUCCUAUGAAGAGUUCAUGGGUGGGGUUCAGGAGGAUGAGAUGCUACUGAAGACUCUCACACAGAGUUUGGACCUGUCACACAUUGUUCAGAAAAUCCAAGGGGAGCUGAAAACUAACACAUAACAUUUUCCAACAUCCGUGGAAACUAAUGGAAGAGUUGAGGAGGGAUCGUGAGGUAAAUGGCAGCAAGACCAAUGACUUGGAUCCAGUUAGUUGGCUUUACUGUACAUCAAUUAUUCUCAGUGGUGUUGAUGACACAGAGUCAAAAUAAGUGGACGUGCUCUACAGACACUGCACCUGGCAUCAUUGCAUAGCCAGGACAACUUUCUCUGUGUCCACAUUAUUUGUUCCUAUCGGAAUUACAUUACUACCUGAACAAAUGGCUUGUGAUUUGACACUAAAUGCGGGCUAAAUUUGUGUUUAGCUGUCGUUGGAAAGAAAUAUUAUGUGCCAGACACAUAAUAAGUUUGUUUGGAUUUGGACAUUUCCAGUUCCAAUUAUUUGCUUUGAUUCAUAAUAAUUCUGAUUCUUUUAAGAAACAAGGUCCAAAUUGACUAUUAUAACAGAGCUAUAUUCAACCAGUAUUUGCAUUUUAAUCUAUUGAACUGUAUUAUAAAUGUUAUGAAGUGUUUUUCCACAGGAGUAAAAUUUCACUUUAUUUUAUUAUGUUCCCAAUUAGCCUGUUCACCUGUGGGAUGUUCCAAAUAAGUGUUCGAUGAGCAUUUCUCAACUUUCUCAAUCUUUUCUGCCACUUGUGCCAGCUUUUUUGAAACAUGUUGCAGACAUCCAAUUCCAAAUUAGCUAAAAUUGGCAAAAAAUAACUAAGUUUUCCAGUUUGAACGUUAAGUAUCUUGUCUUUGCAGUCUAUUCAAUUGAAUAUAGGUUGAAAAAGAUUUGCAAAUUAUUGUAUUCUGUUUUUAUUUACGAUUUACACAGAGUGCCAACUCCACUGGUUUUGGGGUUUGUAGUUGUUGUAUUUUUUAAUAAAAUAUGCAUGUAAUGUGUAGAAAUAAAUAUGGAAGAAAUAUAACUAAAGGAUUUAAAUGAGGCUUCACAGUGGAAGAGGGGUUAGUGCGUCUGCCUCACAACACGAAGGUCCUUAGUAGUCAGGGUUCAAUCCCGGGCUCGGGAUCUUUCUUUGUGGAGUUUGCAUGUCCUCCCCGUGAAUGCAUGGGUUCCCUCCGGGUACUCCGGCUUCCUCCCACCUCCAAAGACAUGCACCUGGGGAUAGGUUGAUUGGCAACACUAAGUGAUCCCUAGUGUGUGAAUGUGAGUGUGAAUGUUGUCUGUCUAUCUGUGUUGGCCCUGCGAUGAGGUGGCGACUUGUCCAGGGUGUACCCCGUCUUCUGCCCAAUUGUAGCUGGGAUAGGCACCAGCGCCCCCCGCGACCCCAAAAGGAAUAAGCGGUAGAAAAUGGAUGGAUGGAUGGAUUUAAAUGACUAUAUUGCAUGGUGUACAACAGACAACAACUGCUAUUUUCCAGUGUUCAAGGUUCGGGAACAAACUAGCAUCGGUAGUUAAAAUGAAUAUUUUAAACACUAUUUAUUAAAUAUGUAAUCAGAUCAAUUUGUGGUAUACUUUGCCUAAUAAAAACAAAUAUUUAAAGUUUG